CACAUUUUAUUUAGGAAAAAUUAUCCAAAAUAAUCCCAACUUUACAUGGUCUUUUAAAAAUAAUCUCACCUUUCAACGUGAUGCAUAAUAAUCCGAACUUUACUAAAUUUUGCGAGUUUUGGGUCGCCGUUAAGUUGGAGCUUGCUGCUAAAACCAGAAGAGAAGCAAAACAGAGAAAAAAAGCAAAGCUGGAAAGUGAACGAGAAAGACGAUUAGCUUCCCUGAUUCAGACAUGCCCGAGCCUGAGAGUUCUCCACCAAAUCCAUGCCCAUGUCCUCACCUCCCCAUUUCUCUCCACCCAAUCCCUCUCCUUCCUCCUCGCCAAGAUCCUGACCUUCUCCGCCCUGUCUCCGCGCGGCAGCCUCGCCCACGCCAAGCAGCUCCUCCCCCGCAUCCCGAACCCGGGAAUUUUCUCUUACAAUUCCCUCAUUAGAGGGUUCUUGGAGUCCCGGACGCCGUCCCGGGAACCCAUUCUCAUCUUCAAGAGGUUGCUCUGGAAGAGUUACCCGAGGUCGAACAGUUUCACGCUGGCCUUCGUUCUCAAGUCUUGUUCGAUCCUGGUGGCGUUUAGAGAAGGGGAACAGGUUCACAAGCAUGUUAUACAGUCUGGGUAUGGCUCGAGUCCCUUUGUUCAGACAUCGUUGCUGAAUCUCUAUGCCAAAUGUGAGGAGAUUGAGCUUGGCGAGAAGGUGUUCGAUGAAAUUCCUGAGAGAAAUGCGGUUGCUUGGAGUGCGAUGAUUAGUGGGUAUUCCAGACUAGGGAUGGCUGAUCAGGCUUUGAGGUCAUUUAGGGAGAUGCAGAAGUCAGGGAUUCCACCUGAUAGGGUGUCACUGGGCAGCGCGAUCUCUGCGUGUGCCAUGUCUGGAGCUUUGGAUUUAGGGGAAUGGCUGCAUGCUUACGUUGGUAAAAACGGGAUUGAGAAUGAUCUUGAGCUUAGUACUGCACUUGUUAACAUGUAUGCAAAAUGUGGAUGCAUUGAAAGGGCAAAGAAUAUCUUUGAAGCAAUGCCUGUUAAGGAUGUCAAGGCUUGGGGCUCAAUGAUAUAUGGACUAGCCAUUAAUGGCCUAGCGGAAGAUGCUCUGAAUGCUUUUUCCAGAAUGGGAGAAACUAAGUUGGAGCCUAAUCACGUUACAUUCGUGGGCGUCUUAGUGGCCUGCGCUCAUGGUGGAUUAGUUUCAGAGGGAAAAAUGUACUGGUCAAGCAUGAUUGAAUCCGGGUUUGAUCCAUCUUUGGAGCAUUAUGGCUUGAUGAUUGAUCUUCUGUGUCGAUCAAACUUAAUCGAAGAAGCCUAUUCUUUUUUCGACUCCAUGCCAAUCCCUCCAAACCCAGCAAUACUCCGUAGCCUGCUGGCUGGUUGCAAGACGAAGAAGGAGAAGAAGAUUCUAGAAAGAGGCGAAACCACAGGCAAACACCUCAUUGAGCUUGAGCCACAAAACCCUGAGAACUAUAUCUUAUUGUCUAGUCUCUACGCCUCGGUUUCAAACUGGGAAAGAAUGAGGGAAGUGAGGAAACAAAUGAAAGAUGAAGGCAUCAAGGCUGUUCCUGGCUGCAGUUCCAUUGAACUUGAUGGGUACGUCCACGAAUUCACCAUGGGCGAUUGGUCUCACCCGGAAUCCGAGGACAUAAACGGGAUUUUACGCGAGAUUACGGAUAAGGUGAACGGGUCGGGCCACGAACCGCGGGUUUCAUGCGUGCUACACGACGUGAGUGAUGAAGAGAAAGGGAAUGCAUUGUGCCAACACAGUGAGAGGUUAGCCAUAGCCUAUGGUCUUUUGAAAACAAAAGCGCCGAAGAUCAUUAGGGUUGUAAAGAAUCUGAGAGUUUGUUGGGAUUGCCAUGAAGUGACAAAGAUCAUCAGUAAGGUGUAUAACAGGGAGAUCAUUGUUAGAGACCGUGUAAGGUUUCAUAAGUUCAAAGAUGGAUCUUGCUCUUGUAGAGAUUUUUGGUAGAACAUAGUGUAUCUCUUACUCCCUUGAUCUCACAAAUCACAUAAACUUUAGUUUAUUUGUGUAUUUUGAUUGAUUAUUUAAUAAAAUAAAAUAUUUUAAUGAGAUCUUGUUUUGUACCGUAGAACUUUUGACAUAAUUCUUGAAUAUAUAAGUUUUAUUUUUAAAAUCUAUACCAAUUUUUAUAUAAAAUGAAUUUAAAAAAUUUUG